AUGGACUCCCCUAAGAUCAUCCUCCGCGAUAACACCGCCCCGUUCCCUCGAUACUCCGACAGCGAAGAUCCCUCCCGGGUAAAGACAAAUCUAUCGGGAGCGUCGUCAAGCCGGUGGACGAGACCUUCGGUCCGAAAUUCUCUGAGAAAGCGAAAAUACGCAAAGUGGCAGCCGCGCCGGCUGGGACUGGCCGACGACAGCGACACCGAUCGUUGCGGGCCAGACCCCCAGGAACCGACCGAGUCCGACACCCAGCUGCAAAUCACCACAGAAGAUUCCCGCAGCACUCAACCACUCUUCCCCCAGCAAACCACCGAGUCCAACAAUGUUGAAACGACCGACUUCGCCCCCACACCGCCAGAACAAGCCGGCGCAGGCGCGGGCUCAGUCCAGGGAUACUCGAGCGCCAUCGCCGUGAAGAACGGCAGCACCCACAGCGAGCUGGACAUCCUCUACGAAAACCAACGCGGCUGGUUCUUCUUCGGCAUCCCGCUCUACUCGCACAGCUCGCUGCUCAACCUGGACCCCAGCGCCUGGGUCACCCAGGACAUGCGGUACAGCCCCGUCAACAUCACCGACGCCCAGCCGCCGGAUCCCAGCUGGGUCUGGGCCUGGCGCACAUGGUACGUAGACAUGUCGGGCGAUGUCGACGAGCAGGGCUGGAAGUAUUCCUUCUCCUUUUCCUCGUCCGCCUGGCACGGCACCCAUCCGUGGUUUCACUCGUUUGUGCGUCGCCGUCGCUGGGUGCGUCUGCGUACCAAGCGGGUUGUGGAUAGGCGUCGUCGGGGGCGAACUGGGCUGGAGGCUGCCCAUAUGCUUAAUGAGGAUUACUUUACGAUUCACUCCGCCCAGAAGACGGCUAACCGCGCGUCGAGUUCGGAGCCUGCUUCGCGCGUCACGUCUGCGUAUUUCAGCCAGGUUACGACGCAUGAAGAGGAGGAGUCUCCGUUUGAGGAGAUCUGCAAUAUCCCGACCUUGUUGGAUGCGUUGAAAGCGGCUGUUGUCGAUCGAGAGAAGAUAGAUGCCCUUGAUCGGUUUAUCGAGGAGGGCGGCGAAGAACUGUAUUACCUGGAGGAAAAGGUUCCCGAAAUCAUGUCCACCUUCGUCUUCCAAAUCUCUCGCUGGCGAUUCCUCAACCAUCUUACCCGCAUCAUCGACGAUUUGUCCAGACAGAUCCCCAAAUCGGAAAGCACCGUGGAAGCAGAAAAGCUCCAGAGGAAGCACAAUUACCUAUCCAAGGCGAGUAAAAUGAUGCGACACCAUCUGACAGGACCGGAAGUCUUUGAUCCUCCGGAGGGGGCAAGGUCGUCUGAAGACCUGCUGGAUUUGACCCCACGGUCGGAAAGUAACAGCAUGCUGAAAAGGCAUUCGAGAAGCAUCCGGUUCAGACCCAUGGAUGACGGCGGGGAAAUCAAAGGUAUCCCCUCGGCAGCGGAGGUUGGACGAGAGGGUCAUAUUUACCGCUUGACUUCUCUCCUCUACACUAUCCCUCCCCCCCUCUCUCCCUCCCUCUCCCUCCCUUCUCACCCGGCCUUUUCAUGUGUUGACGGUCGGAGCCCGUCGUUCUCUAUGUUCGCGCGUGGCUGCCCGCGUCUGGGGAGGCUUGAUCUAUCUGCCGUCUUGGACAGCGUCGCAGCUAACCCUGAAGAACCUCUCCUUUUCCUCUACCCGCGUUUGUCCUCCACGGCCUGGCAGCAGCGGAGAUCGAUCUCCUUCCGGACAACCCAUUCCACACCGACAGGACGCCCAUCUCGAUCAGGGGGACUCGUGUCUCGUCCACCGCCGCGGAGGUCCUCGUUUGGGAGCUCGAAGAGACGAUGGAUCGCUUCCGACACUGCUAUCGACGCGAACGCCGUACAUUCGGCAAAAUCGUCACCACAGCAAUCCCCUGCACCGACGAGCGCUGGCGGUAGCGGGAAAGAGAUCCGGGAAGAACGUGACGAACCCGACGCAAAGAACUCCAACACUUCGGAGAAGAGGAUCCCAAAAUCAGCGAACUCGGCCCGUCGCCGUGGAGGAAAGAUAGAGACCAAGGAGCGUCAGCCCGCAUUCGACGCCUUUUCCGACUUCAAGACUGCCCCUCAACCCUCUCCGAACGAAUCACAAAAUCCUCGAAAAUGGCUUCUUGGGCGGGAGAGACGCAUGCUCCGGACAAGUGCGUCUAGGAACCCGGCCCCCAGCAGGCGUGCGCCCUUCAAGCAGCUUUCGGUGCAGGACCGGCGCAAGCUCCAAUGGCGGUUGCGCAUGAACAGUGCCCAGGACGACCGCACUCCAACGGAUGAAUGGGAGCAGUGGUUGAAAUACCGGGAUGUGCUGGAACGGCAGCAGCAGGAAUCCCGUAUGUGGGCCAGGAAGGCCACCCGGCAAAAGGAACUGCUGGUGCCGGAGGAGACGGUAGCGCUGCUGGCCGGCGUGACGGAAAUGCACACGGAAGAGAAUAUCUGGUACGUGCCGGUCCACAACGGAUGCAAGGUACAUGUGUUACACCCGGCCGAGGGCAAAGGUCGACACCGCAAGGUGGUCCUCUCUGGGUCGGAGCGAGUCGUGGAGUUGGUUGGUGACCGGAUUAUGCGCGCCAUCAACCUGCAGGAAGGGGGAGAUCCUCUAAUUGAUAUCAGAAAGCCGGCGGUGCCGGUGCUCCCUUCCCGGUAUCAUUCCUCUCGUCGGAAUGAAGAUCUGCCGCUCGUUCGCGGAGUGUGGGACUUUCAAACCGCCACGAAGAAUCCGAUCCAGCUGGACUUGCUCCUGCCUAUGUCAGAAGGGCUGACAACCGUGCGGGAGUUUGCAGAACACAUAGACGAGUUGGUGUUGUCGACCCCCCCGCCUCAGACUGUGGAGGACAGCACCAAGCCUGUCCCCCACAAACAACGAGUGCGGGAUGCCUUGCUGGAGCUCUUCCUUCGCGAAGCAAACCAGAGCCUGUACUCGACUGCCGCGCUGAACCGGGCGAUCACACACCUGCUGGAACAUCAAUACCUGGGCGCCGUCAGUACGAUCUUCCUCCGAGCGGAACAUGUCGCCACAGUCGACACCUUCAACAUCAUCCUCCGGGCGCUAGCCAGACGACAGGAUACCCGACUCCUUAGCUACUUCAUGCAGCUCAUGGGCCGGAUGAAAAUCCAGCCUGACUCGUAUACCUGGCUCGCUCUGUUCGACUGCCUGAUCUCGACCAAGACCAGAUCCAGUGCCUUCGAGUACAUGCUCCAGAAGGGCUACCUCGCCCAACCCAAGGCGAUGCGCUCCGCACUACAACUGACCAUCCAAGACCUGUUGACGGUCCACCUGGACAGCGGAAAGAGCGUGGACUCGUUCGUAAACACAGUGAUUACCAAUCACGCCGGCAAUUGGAUGUCGCGAUCGCUGGUCAGCCAGAUGCUCAGCGUCUUCGUCCGGCGAAAAGACCACGCCAGCCUGGACCGCCUGCUGCAGAUCUGCGUGGAGCAAGGCUUCGAGAUCAACAACUCCGCCACCGUCAACCAGAUCGCCCUGAUGUUCCGUUCGCGCGUGUUCCUAGCCCUGCAGCGCGUCUACAAAUGCAUCACCGACACCCCGAACUUCAAACGAGCAUGGGAGCGGCUCUUUUUAACCGCGUACAAGAACCGCCACUACAACGUCUGCCGCGUGUUGUGGCGGUACGCCUGCAUGGACGGAGACAUCACCGUCAAGAUGCGACGCAGCGUCCUCGUCUCACUCGUCCGCAACGUCUCCCUCAAGCGGGGCGAAGACCUCGCCACAGCAUGGAACCUGAGCGCAGGCAAAGUCAUCGUCGGACUCGAUCUCCACCUACCUAAUUACCCCCUGCGCGACCCUCUCCUAAAGCUCGUGCCCGCCGAGUUCCACGAAAACCCAGUCUCGUACCUCAUGAGCGGGUACGCCGCCGUCGGCGAAGACCGCCAACGGCAGCUCGCUGCCGCGAACAUGAUGAUCCAGCGAGACAUCACUGUUGGACCGUGGUACCAGCCCAGCAAGCCGCUCGGCCUCAUGCUGGAGGCGGCGGUGGUGCUGGAUAAACGGCUGAUGUCUGCUCCGAGGCCGACCGCAUGGCUUCUGCAGAAUGCCAUCCAUGUGCCGGUUGAAUUGCGGAAAGACGCUGCCCUGCCGUGA